CAGGCCGGCACAUCAGAGAUCCCGACAGGUGGAAAGAGGGAGGUUCGCCAUCUGCCUUUUGAUCAGAAUACUUUUAGAGACAUUUGUGACAGAUUCUUCAUACACUCUUCGAUAGCGCGAGUCAUCAACCGGGCAGACGUUCCUGUGUUUUCAAGAUCUUUUGUUACUAUGAGGCUGGGAGAUUCAGAUGCAACUGGCCAAACUGCUAUAGUAUAUCAAUGCAGAUCAUCUAAUACAUGGGCGGACGACAUGGCUCUGACAGCCACUCACUUUCCCCAGAGCAACUUGACCUAUGCUGUACUGUUUGGGUGUACUGCUGAGGUUGAACGCAACGUAAUCAGCCGAUUACGUCGCGCAACGGACCACGUAUUCUUCCCUCUGCUCUUACCAGGUAUAUUUGCGGAACUGGAAAGAGAUCGAAUGGCGAAAGUCGUCACAGAAACUGUUGAUGCCAUCGAAGGAGCAAUUUUCGAGCUUGGCACCGGAAACCCGAUCGAAGGCGAAGAGCUUCUAGAAGAGGAUAAGAUUGAUAUGCGACAUUCUCGAAGGUCUGCUUGGCUGAAUACAACAUUCCUUCGGAACAGCCUAAGAGCAUGGAAGGGUCAACUUCGAAAGAUGGCAGACCAUGUUGAUGAACUAUCCAAGCAUAAAAUGACCAACAUAAUGUUGGAUCGGACAGGGUUGAUGGUAUACGAUAGGAUUCACGCUCUCAUUGAGGACUUUGAGGAUAGGAUUCAAGAAUGCACAAUGAGCGUUGAGGGAAUGACGAUUGCUACACAAUGGGCUCAAGGAGACACCAAUAUGGACAUUGCAACAGCUACCGGUCGGGAUUCGAGGCAAAUGCGCUCCAUUGCUAUGGUAACAAUGGUGUUUCUUCCGGGCACAUUCUUCGCAACAUUAUUCUCCAUGUCAUUCUUCAACUGGUCUCCAAAUGACUCCCAAACGUCCGUCGUGUCAAGCUAUAUUUGGAUCUACUUUCUUGUCACUGGCAUCUUCACUGUAUCCACCCUUCUUCUCUGGUGGUAUUUUCUUUCAUCUCGCAGAAAGAAGUACAGAAGUUGUAGUUUUGCUACGUACCUUCUGAAAGUCUGA